AUGCCGGGUACUCAAUUAGAAGACCGAUCCAAAAUAUCGUGCGCUCAACAAUUUGGCAACUUACAUGUGAUGGAAAAAGAUAAGGUGGAAAUCUCGAUCGAUUGGACUAAUAUCAAUUUAAAUGCACUAUUGGAACAAUUAUCGAUUGUUUCUAACAAAUUUUGUUCGUCAUCCACUAUUCCAAAAAUAUUUGGCUUUCCAUAUUUCAUUGUCACUGACGAUAACCAAUAUGAAGAAGUAACUGAUAUCGAUGCUGCUUUGCGAAAUGCCUAUUCAUUACCUUUACGCAAUCAAGAUGAAGAACCUGACAUUUUACGGAAGAAAAUAAUAGAUUUCUUGGAUGGAAUUUAUUAUCCAGAAACUAAUGAUAAAAUUCAAUGUCUUCGUGAAUUUGCAAUAGAAGAACUUAUCCGAGAUCUCACUUUCAGCUCUCACGCUUUAGUAUCGAAAUAUGAAAAUAAUUCGGAAUAUUCUCUAUCUUCAAAUUUUCUCCCAAUGUCAAAAGUCACACCAAUAUAUGAACCUUUUGAAACUUUUUCAAUAAAAUGUGAUAUAUCGCGUGAUAAAAAUAAAUUAUCACAAGUUAAUAAAUCACUUGAGCUUACACCUACUGUACAGACAUUGUUCGAUGACUGGAUUAUCGGACAAGAUGUUAAAGAAUAUGAAUAUCAUUAUCGACGUGUAAAUAAUAAACUCAUUCAAGAAACUAUGACAACUUCUGGAGAAUCAGAUGGGGAUCAUUACUUUAGUAUGCAUACAUCGGAUGAGCAAACGUCAGCAUUUGAAGCUGAUGGAGCAGCUUUUAAAGAAUUCCUAGAAUUUAAUGAGCAACAUUCUACUACCAACCUCCGCCCCUUUUUAGUUGAUGUCACGAAAGAUGCUUCCGUCCAACAAUGCGCUCGUAUGGUUGUUAAUGAAACAAAGGAUAAAGGUCUUUUUGCCUUAAUUAAUAAUGCUGGAUGUAAUGAAGGUUUUGCUUUUGAGUUUACUUCAAAUGAUCAAAUUGCAAAAACUAUGGAAGUAAAUUUUAUAGGUCCAAUCAAAAUUAUUAAGGCAUUGUUGCCUAGUUUACGACAAAACAUCAAAUAUAACCUUAAAAAACCUGCUAAAGAUCAAGAUAUAUUUCCGCGUAUUAUCAAUAUGACUUCUAUAUUAGGUCGAACUACCGUACCUUUCUAUGGCGCAUACAGUGCGUCAAAACAUGCUUUGGAAGCCAUGUUAGACACAAUUCGAAUUGAAUUAUUACCAUGGAAGAUUCACGUUACUAUGAUCGAGGCGGUCCCUAUUAAAAGCAGAUUUAGUCAUCCAGAUCUUGUCGAAGUAUCCAAGAAAUUUUUCGCUUCCCCUGCAAUUACAGAACAAACCCUUACUCUUUACGGUGAGGACUAUGUCCAAAAAGCUAUCGAGUUUUGGCAGAAACUUCAUUCUGGACAGGAUAACCCAAAGGCAAUAAUUAGAACAAUUAUUGAAGCGAUUGAAGUUGGUUUUCCUAGGGAUCGUUACGUGGUCGGAACUCUUGCCAAGGUUCAUGUUUUAGUGAACAACGUAUUACCUAGAUGGGUCAUUGACUUGGCUUGGGGUAGUAUGAUUAGGUUAGUUGGUGUUUGGCCAAAAGAGGUUAAAGAAUUGGAGGAUGGUGUUUCCGAGACCACUUCUACUUCAUCAAACUCUUCGUCUUCAACUCCACCCUCUUCACCAAAAGAUUAA